AUGGAUAGUAAGGAAGUUCUGGUGCACGUUAAGAAUUUAGAAAAGAACAAAAGUAAUGAUGCAGCGGUUCUGGAAAUCUUACAUGUCUUGGAUAAGGAAUUCGUGCCCACUGAAAAGCUAUUGAGAGAAACAAAAGUUGGUGUGGAAGUCAACAAAUUUAAAAAGUCUACGAAUGCAGAGAUCAGUAGGCUUGUGAAAAAAAUGAUUGGCUCAUGGAAAGACGCAAUUAACAAAAAUAAGCGUUCCAGACAAGCGCAGCAACAUCAUCAAGAUCAUGCACCAGCUAAAGUGGAGGACAAGACAGCUGUAAAUGGCUCUGUGAAUGGUUUGGAAGAACCUUCCUCUUCCCAGUCGGAUGCGACAAAACAGGACAAAUAUGUCAGCACUAAACCAAGAAAUAGUAAGAAUGAUGGUGUGGAUACAGCAAUAUACCACCAUAAAUUACGUGAUCAGGUACUAAAGGCACUUUACGACGUUUUGGCCAAAGAAAGCGAACAUCCUCCUCAAUCUAUUUUACACACUGCCAAAGCUAUAGAAGGUGAAAUGAAUAAAGUUAACAACUGUGACACCAGCGAAGCCGCCUAUAAGGCCAGGUACCGUAUAAUUUACUCAAACAUCAUCUCCAAAAAUAAUCCAGAUCUCAAACAUAAAAUUGCCAACGGUGAUAUAACUCCCGAAUUCUUAGCUAUGUGCGAUGCCAAGGAUUUGGCUCCAGCACCUUUAAAGCAAAAGAUCGAAGAAAUUGCUAAACAAAACUUAUUCAAUGCACAAGGUGCUACUAUAGAAAGGUCAGUUACUGACAGAUUUACUUGUGGUAAAUGUAAGGAGAAGAAGGUGUCUUAUUACCAAUUGCAAACGAGAUCUGCAGAUGAACCAUUGACCACUUUCUGUACUUGUGAGGCAUGUGGUAACAGAUGGAAAUUCUCUUAA